UAGUUAGUCGUUCGCGCGGCCGCAUAAUGUGUAGACUUUUCUAUUGAGUGUCGGUCGCGGAAAGUAAUCCCCAGUUUUUGCAAAUCACAUCUCUUUUCCCUCCCCCAAAUGCACAACAAUUUUUUUUUUAAAUCUGUGAAUAUGUUUUACACCCAAAUUGCACACUGGUGAAUUUUUUAUUGUGCAAUUGAAGGGCGACAAAGAGUGAAAUUAGAGGGAAUCGCGAAAAAUAAACGUAUUCAGUGUCACUCAGUGCGUCUACUAAUAGGCUCACUGCGCGAAUUUAAAUCAAUCUUCAAUUGCUCACUAUUCGAUGAAUCUCUGUCGUGUCGUCUGCGGUACAAAAGUACGUUACACCCGAUAAAUUGCUCAUUGUGUCUUCACAGUAGACUUCAAUAGUGUCAAUAAUUCUAAAAGUAAAAUGCCUCAGUUUUAAAUAAGGCUCAGUCAGAAAUAGUUGGUGUUCUAUCGCUUUUGUUUGGUGACAUAUUUUAAGUCCACUUACUCACUGUAUUAUAUUACGUGCGACAGUGAUUAGGAUCUAUUCGGCUUGUGCGUAAGAGCCUUUUUUUCCCCUAUUUCUAUGCCCGUUUCUGUGUGGUGAUUUUUCGGCGAGCGGAAUAAGGAAAUUUACCUGCAUCGUCACUCAAUUAAUAUGUAUCGAAUCCGAUCGGAUAGCAGCAAUACAAUACAAACUUCAGUAGCAGUGUGUGCAUGAUAAUAUCGCAUGUUGGCAGUAUAUGGAUAAAAUAAGCAAAGUGUCAACUCCACUGUCGCCCAAAGAGUGAACUGUUAAAUGGAAAAUAUGUGGUGAAGCUCAAAUGGAUAUGUACAAUUUGCAGUGUAACAAGUUGCCAUCGAAAUAUUCGCUUUGGAAAAUUUAUUUUCAAAGAUUACCAUCAAGCUUUUAAUCCUCCCUUUGGCACACGGCAUAUUGUUCGGCAAAAAUGAGUGAUUCUGUAAAUUUUGUGCACAGCGUGUGAAAGCUCUGUGACAGCCAGGAUGAGACAAUGUGCUAGAGGUAAAAUUUGAACAGAGCCCCAUCAAAAUUGCCGAAAAAAAGAGAGUGUUUUGGUGCAAAUAAAUUAAUUUGCAAAGCAUUUUCUGCAAUUCACAUUGAAUGGACAUGAAAAAUCGCACAAAAGGAAAUUCUCCGAUAUCCAUUCCAGGACAUGCAAGUCCUAAAAAUGCAGCAUAUCCAUCCAUAUCAGCGGCCUAUUGGUUACCAGCGCCAAAUCCGACUCCAUACCUCGUUCCAGAUCGAAAACUCUUUGUGGGAAUGUUGAGCAAAAAAUUCAACGAACAGGAUGUGAGGCAGCUCUUUUCAGGACAUGGAGCUAUUGAAGAGUGCACAGUCUUGAGGGAUCAGAAUGGACAGAGCAAGGGUUGUGCAUUCGUCACAUUUGCCACAAAACAGGCGGCUAUAAGUGCUAUUAAGGGACUCCAUCAGAGCAAGACUAUGGAGGGAUGCUCGGCUCCUCUUGUGGUGAAGUUCGCCGACACGCAGAAGGACAAGGAGCAGAAGCGGCUUCAGCAGCUGCAGGCGAAUCUCUGGACGGUGUCGGGAUCGAAUGGACUCACGAUGCCACUCACGCAGUCAGCCACCACGAUGUCCUCACCUGUUCUGCCCAAUCCUCCGCAGCAGCAGAGCCCAUUCUUGGCGGCUGACGCAAUUCCUCCCUCACAGACUCUUCAACUAUUUCAGCAACUCCAAGGCCUCCAAACUGUUGGAAUACAGCAACAGUUGCUCCAAGGUUUAGCAUCGCCAGCUGCAGAUCCGGCGUCAACUCCUUCGGCAAGUGGUCUCUUGGCGCCAAUGUCCAUGCAAAACGUUGUCACCCUCGCCGCAAUGGCUCACCCAGUGCCCCAGUCGACGUCUCCCCAGCCACCCACAAUCACGGCCAUAUCGCCGAUAUCGGCCGCCACGGCAAUCGCAGGGAAGCCACUCUGGACGGCAAAUGCUGACAGCUUACCAGUGGCAUAUACAGCAGCUGCAACGGGCCUUCCAGGAUUGGGUGCCUCACCCACUGUGUCAGCAUUUCCCGCUCAAUUGGGCUCCACAGCAAUUGCGUCUGUUGCUGGGAAACAAAUCGAAGGUCCCGAAGGCUGUAAUCUCUUUAUCUACCACCUUCCGCAGGAAUUCACCGACACGGACUUAGCAUCAACAUUCUUACCCUUUGGCAAUGUUGUGUCAUCAAAGGUGUUUAUCGACAAGCAGACGAAUCUCUCAAAAUGCUUUGGUUUUGUUUCCUAUGAUAAUCCUAAUUCAGCACAAACGGCCAUCCAGACAAUGCAUGGCUUCCAAAUCGGCACUAAGCGACUCAAAGUCCAACUUAAGAGAACCAAAGAGACUUCAAAGCCAUACUGAAAUGCGCACAUCUUCAUCAAAUUGUUGUCUUGCAUUAAAAGAAAAAAGAAACAAGUAAUCUCUGUUACCCAGCAAAACCAUUUACAAAAGAAAAUAUCCUUAAUCUGAUCAGAAAUAUAGUUUCAAUCAACACUUUUUGUUGUUAUGAUUUUAUAUAGGUAUAUUAUGAAAGAAAUAAAUAAAUUAUUUAACGUGAAACAAUAUUGUGCCAGUGAGAGCGAAUAGUUUUCUUUUUUUCUAAUUUCCAAAUUAUAGACAUAAAAAAAAGUGUCAUUGACAGAUGUUUAGAAACAUUGCUAUGUACUUAAGUAGGAAUAUCAACAGUGACAGGCAUCUUCCAGUUUUUAGACAAUAAUAAAUCUUCAAAUAUCUGUACUUAAAAAAUUAUUAGCUGCAAUUCUGCUAUUAUUACGUGGCCAAAAUGAAAAAAAAAUAAGCAGAAUCCUUUCAUAAAAUAGCUUCUUUUAAUACAACAAACAAAUAUUGUAAUCACCAAAGAAGAUUUUAAAUUUGUAGGAAAUAAAUGGUAGAGAAUUAUA